UUGCGGGAACAAACUAUAUCGCACUCUGACUCUCAGGCUGUUUGGUCUUUAAAAUGCUGAAAUGAAGAUGCUCGUUGUUAGGGCGAAGAGAAUCUCAAUUUUUGUUUUCAAAAAGAACAUAUAGCCAAAAGCUGAUUCCAGAAGUUUAGGAUGACUGCUUGCACAAACAGUUUCCGGCCUGGCUUCCACACAUGGAGUUAUCGACGGAGAUUAUUAGCAAGAUUCUCGGAGAAAAGGGUCUUCCCUCUAAGUCAUAAUUUUUGUAUGGUCAACAUACUUCAGACAAAAACAAAAGCAACAAAGAGCACAUCCAGACCAAGGGUGAAUGAGAUCAAUAUCCAACUGCUGCCAGAGAACCUGCACAAACAAGUUUUUCCUAACACAGACUGUACAGAGAGAGAGACUGUCACAGAAUUAAAAGACAUCAAGGAAAAUCUUGCUAAGCAUGGUCUAUGGGGUAAAGAAACUACAGUGUUGAAUGAUGUCAAUUUAAAUCUCCCAGAGCUUCAGGGAAAGUCUGUUACAGAACACUUCUAUAACAUUGCUAAUGAACAGAUUAAUGGAUAUAUACAACUGACAAAGCUGUUAAUGGCAGGACCAAUUCCACAGAAACCAAAGAAGUGGUCCCAGAAAGCAGGCUGGACAAGGUAUGAUGCUAAAACAGGAAAACCCACUGCAGUGGAGUGUCCCGGGGAAGAUAUCUUCGUGUUUGAUGUGGAAAUCUUGGUGAAAGAAGGACAUUAUCCAACCCUGGCAACCGCCCUCUCACCAACUAACUGGUAUUCUUGGUGCUCAGAGGCAGUGCUGAUGGAUAAAUUCCGCUGGACUAAAAAUCCUCGGAUGAGUGAUCUGAUUCCUCUGGAAUCUUCUCCAAAGGAACACAGCUCUCAUUUGGCAGGAAAUCAAAAGAAGAUUGUGAUUGGUCACAACGUGGGCUUUGACAGAUCAUUUAUCAAGGAGCAGUACAAUAUAAAGAAAUCCUGUGUGCGAUUUCUGGACACCAUGUCCCUUCACAUUGCGGUGUGUGGAAUGACCAGUUUCCAGCAAAUUCUCUACCAGUCCAGCAAGAAGGAAACCAACAGGAAAGAUGUCCGAGAGUACCUGGAGAUGAAAUCAUCCAGGAGGGAAAUGGUUGAUAAUUACUGGACGAGCGAAAGCACGAUGAACAACCUUAAUGAUGUUUACCAGCACCACUGUGGAGGGGCACCCCUAAAGAAAGCCACCAGGGAUGUGUUUGUCAAAGGCGACAUGGCCGACGUCAGGGAGAUGUACCAAGAGCUGUGUUCAUAUUGUGCUGCUGACGUGGAAGCAACUCUUCAUGUUUUUAGAAAAGUGUGGCCACAAUUUCUUGAGAGAUUUCCUAACCCGGUGACACUGUCAGGAAUGUUAGAGAUGGGGACCGCCUACUUACCUAUCAAUCAAAACUGGGAGAGAUACAUCAACCAAUCAGAUGCUGUGUAUGAUGACCUUCAGAAUGAGCUAUCUCGACUGCUGCAGAAGUUAGCUAAUGAAGCUUGUGAACUUCUACAUGAUGACAAAUAUGAAGGAGACCUCUGGUUGUGGGACUUAGAUUGGAGUGUUAAUCAGUAUAAACUUAACAAACCAAAGAAGAAACCUAGUCAGAAUAACAAGGAAAAAAUGCCAGAACAAGUGCUUGAAGACAUCUUAGCUACAAAAGAUAGAAUCCCCAAGACUGCCCGUCACAUGAUCGGGUACCCAGCUUGGUAUAGAGAACUGUGUCCCAGGAAGACGGAUAAAGACUGGAAACCUGGGCCCUCCCUGAUCUCUACCUCUCGUCGUAUCACCCCCAAACUCCUGAGAAUGACAUACAAAGGUUAUCCUCUACACUAUGCUGACCAGUAUGGAUGGGGAUUUUUAAUCCCCGACAAACACAAGGCAGCCUCAGACAGACAGAAACUAGCCAUGGCAGAAGGGGAGAUGUCUAAAUUCCCUAUCAAAAACCUGUUCAAGAUGUGUAAUGAAGCUGUGUCGGAGGACUUGCUGGUCCCCAUGUCUGACAAAGAGAUCGAGAGAAUGUUGAACUCUGCCAAGGACGACAUGGAGUGGAUGGAGAGAGCUAAACAUUUGGAUGAGGCUGGCAUAAAAAAGCAGGCCAAGAAAAAGGAUCAUAUCCUAGAAGUGAAGGAAACUAAGUAUGAUAUUGGGAUUCCUGGCUGCUGGUUCCAAAAGUUGCCUCACAAGGAUGGCAAGGGAAGCAAUGUGGGUAACCCCUUGUCAAAAGACUUCUUGCCAUUGAUUGAGACAGGGGUACUUAAAUCUCUUUUAAUGACAGCGGAGACUGUACUGAAACUGACCAAGAUGUGCUCCUACUGGAAAAACAACAAAGACAGAAUCUCGGGACAGAUGGCUGUAGAAUGGGGAAAAGAAGACUUACCAGAUGCUGUGACAAGUGAUCUGAGCUACAAUGUGGACGGAUUGUAUGGAGCCAUUGUACCCAGAGUCGUACCAGCUGGAACCAUCACUAGGCGAGCUGUAGAAAAAACAUGGAUGACAGCCAGCAAUGCCUACACUGACCGUGUAGGAAGUGAGAUGAAGUCGAUGAUCCAGUCACCCCCAGGUUACCACUUUGUAGGGGCUGAUGUGGACUCCCAGGAACUCUGGAUUGCUGCCAUCAUAGGGGACUCCAAACACAGGAUACACGGUUCUACCCCAUUUGGAUGGAUGACACUUCAAGGAAACAAGAGUGACAGAACAGACCUACACAGUAAGACAGCAGAAACUGCUGGAAUCUCCAGAGAUCAUGCUAAGGUCUUGAAUUAUGGUCGCAUUUAUGGGGCUGGUCAAAAAUUUGCAGAGACGCUGCUGAUGAAUUUUAAUCACAAUUUGACAUCUGUUGAAGCUGCUGCUAAAGCAAAGAAAUUGUACGAGACAACCAAAGGUAGAAGAAAACGAGAACAUAGGAGAUGGGAAGGAGGAACUGAGAGUGAGAUGUUCAACAUGCUGGAGUCUAUAGCCAAGUCAUCCUCCCCAAAGACACCUGUGCUGAGGGCCUCCAUUAGUAAAGUUUUAGAACCAGAAAUCAUUGGAGAUGAAUUUAUGACAAGUCGCAUCAACUGGGUGGUGCAGAGUUCAGCUGUAGAUUACCUCCACCUGAUGUUGGUGUGUAUGAACUGGCUUUGUAACCAGUAUGACAUCAAUGCACGGUUUGCCAUCAGCAUCCACGAUGAGGUGCGCUACCUGGUGGCCAGCAAGGAUCGUUACAGGGCCGUUUUAGCUCUACAGAUCACAAACCUCUUUACCAGGUGUAUGUUUGCCCGAGCCCUGGGUAUGAAUGAUUUACCGCAGUCAGUUGCUUUCUUCAGCAAAGUGGAUAUAGAUCAGUGUUUGCGGAAAGAAGUAACGUUGGAGUGUAGGACUCCGUCUAACCCUAAUGGUAUGGAGAGAGCAUACAAUAUUCCAAUGGGUGAGGGAUUGGAUAUCUAUGAGACGCUGGAUGUCACCAAUGGAUCGCUUAGUCGUUUGGAAGAUUCGCAUAAUGAGAAGGCUGAACUUGCUCAGUGAAAUGGAUCUGUUAAUCAUAUUUGAGGUUUUAACCUCCAACAAGUAACAAACUUUAAUUAGGUUUUUAAAUGUUUGUAUUGAUGAUACAGAUACAAUCAGUGUUGUACAAACCCACUACAUGCACCUCCCCACGUGAAAGUGGAGAGACUAUGUAUUUAUAGUGCAGCUUGUGUAGACGCUAUCGGAGAUCAACACAUUUUUGUAGAAAUUUCUCCUGCUAAAAUGGCUUGGGAUAUUUCUUAUGCGGUGGAAAUUCGAACGAAAUAUAAGUUUGACGCAUUUUGUUCCAGUUGUUUUACGUAAAGAUUUUUUUCUCUAAGCUAAAGGUUGUUUCAGUUAAACAUAUAUAGGACGGGGAAAGGCAUCUUGAAAAAUGGAUUAAAUUAAUAACACCAAACAAAGGUAAUCCUAAUGUAGUAAACAUGCUUAUAGCGAAAUGCAGGGGACUAAUAAUUUUGAUUGGUUCGUUAUACCCAUGAAGUUCAUGAUAUUAUUAUGUUCGAAAACUACAGGGAGUGAAAAUCACUUGGUUGUAAGCAUGAAUUCAUUAUAAGCGUGUUCGCUGUAAUUGUUUAAUUGUACUAGAUUAUAUGUUUAUUGAAAAGGGCCGACGUGGUCCGAUUUGUACGUACAAUGGCGCCUCUUUGUGUUGCACAUGCACUCGAUUUUUUUUUCAAAUGCAUAAAACAUUACGAAAUACUUACUUUUUGCCUAUAGGUCAAGGACAUAUUUUGUGGGUUUCACCCAUUUCAUGUUUAUUGCGUAGGUUAUUUUUGUCAAUGAUCCAGUGUCUUCAAGCAUAUGCAGUUCUGUAUCUGAUGAAAAAUGACACAAGUCUUGUCCCUAGAUAACUCGCCAAAAUCCUAUGCACUGUAUGUGCGCAGAGUUCAAGUAUUUAACCCCGAUAGGUAAUUAAAGUUGGUUCAUAGGGAAGUGUAUAGAAUUAUGAUAGAAUUUAUUUAUUUCUGGAACAAUAUUCAACUACUGAAAUAUAUUUAAAUGGCCAGUAACCAAUUAAUAAAGUGUACCUUUUCAAAUGUAAAAACAUGUAAAUGAUUUAAAAAUUUAGAAUUCAUUUAACUUCUGUCCUUCCGUGUGAGUUAAGGAGGGAAAAGAUGUGUUUCAAUUUGGGUCCAUUGCAUGGGGACGUUUAUAAAGUGUAUAUAGCCCCUCCCCAAAUCUUCGCUAGAUUAGGAAUUUGUUAUUCUUCAUAAUUUUAAGACUGAUUUUUUAUAUACAAAUUUUUGUUGUGUACGAAAUGCAGUUUAACUUUAAAUGACAAGGUUGUGGUCGAGGGUUGUACAGUAUUGUAUGUUUUACACCAGAUUCCCACGGGUGAAGAGGCUUUUCCAUAGGACCUUUUUUUUUCCUUGUUAAUAUGGUUUAUACACAUUUGUUUCUGUUAACACCUAUGUUAGAAUAUACUUCAGAUUUAAGUAUAUCACGAUUUCAAUAAAAGUACAAGUUAUAAACAUCAGAA